GCAAUACAUUUACCGCAUUUAGUUUUGCUUUUACUCUAUUUACCCAUAAAACGCGUGCGCAGGCUUAAAAAAAAAUAAUUAAAACAAUUUACACUAUUUGAAAGAACGUGUAUUUAAAGUGUCUUUGGGUUUAAACAUAUUUAAUUAAUUAAAAAGUAACUGUACUGACACAAAUUAUGAAAGCACAACCAAAAAUUUUACAAAUCUUGUGGUCCACUCAUUUAAGCUGUGCAUAAUAGGUCUACUCAGAUGAGUUUGGAAUAAAAUUUCCAACGGCAUUGUUAGGAGAAAAAUAAAUUCACCUGUAAUACGCUCUUCUCCCUAGUCUAUAGAACAGAGUACCGUGUCUUAACCUAUUCACUGAUCAUAUCCAAAAGUAGGCUUUGCAGUAUUUAGUGACAGCACACUCAUAACAAUAAAGACAAAUAUUUGGUGAAAUAUCUUAUGUAGCUAUAUAUACAGUAUAGUGUAUAUACAUACACUGGGAUAUCCUAUGUCAUCUACACACUCACAAUAGUAAUAAGUGCAAAAGAUGAUGGAAAUAACAAACAUACAGAAAAAUAUUGUAAGGAACAUGGGUAGUUUUUGUUUACAUGAUAUUAACAACCUUUUCUUGAAAUGUACAUAGAUUCCAGGAUCAUUGAUGCUUGCUCAGUAGCCGAAACCCUGCACACGGUGGCCUUCUAUUGCACUUGUUGGACCUGAGAGGGCUUUCCUGCUGUCCAGAUGCUGUAGAAAAUCGUGAUGAGCGGCGACCAGAAUAAGGACGGCAGUCUGGACUUCCACGAGUUCACCAAAUAUUUGAAGGAGCACGAGAAGAAACUGCGGCUGACGUUCAAGAGUCUGGACAGGAACAACGACGGGCGCAUUGAUGCCACCGAGAUCCAGCAGUCGCUUGCCGAACUGGGCCUGGAGAUCAGCAAAGUGGAUGCCCUGAAAAUCCUGCAGAGCAUGGACAUCGACGGGACCAUGAUGGUGGACUGGAACGAGUGGCGGGAACACUUCCUGUUCCACCCCGCUCACAACCUGCAGGAGAUCAUACGCUACUGGAAACACUCCUCGGUUCUGGAUAUCGGUGACAGCCUCGCCAUCCCCGAUGAGUUCACCGAGGAGGAGAAGAGCUCGGGCGGUUGGUGGAAGCAACUGGUCGCGGGCGCCGUGGCGGGCUCCGUCUCCCGCACCGGUACGGCCCCGCUGGAUCGGCUGAAGGUUUUCAUGCAGGUUCACUCCACUAAAACCAACAAAAUAAGCCUGGCGAGGGGAUUCAAGCAAAUGAUCGUAGAGGGGGGUGUGACGUCGCUGUGGAGGGGCAACGGCAUCAACGUUCUCAAGAUCGCACCUGAGACCGCCAUUAAAUUCAUGGCAUACGAGCAGUUUAAGAAGAUGCUCUCAUCAGAAGGUGAAAACAUCGAGACGCACAAAAGGUUUCUGUCUGGCUCGCUGGCUGGAGCGACUGCGCAGACCGCCAUCUAUCCCAUGGAGGUAUUAAAGACUCGACUGACACUGAGAAAAACUGGACAGUAUUCAGGAAUGUUCAACUGCGCCAAGACAAUCCUCAAGAAAGAGGGCGUCAAGGCCUUCUACAAGGGCUACAUUCCAAACUUACUUGGCAUCAUUCCGUACGCCGGGAUUGACCUCGCCGUUUACGAGAGUUUGAAGAACGCGUGGCUGUCGUACCACACCAAAGAUUCGGCUAAUCCUGGAGUCCUUGUGCUGCUGGGAUGCGGGACCAUUUCCAGUACCUGCGGACAGCUGGCCAGCUAUCCCCUCGCGCUCGUACGCACGCGCAUGCAAGCAACAGCAUCCCUGAACGCUUCAGACCAGCCCAGCAUGAGUUCCCUUCUCAAGAAUAUCGUGGCCAAAGAUGGCUUUUUUGGACUGUACCGAGGCAUCCUGCCCAAUUUCAUGAAAGUCAUUCCGGCGGUCAGCAUCAGCUACGUCGUUUAUGAGUACAUGAAGAUCGGUUUGGGGAUCAGCAAAUGACAACCGGGGGGGAAGCCAGCGAGCACGGGGACGCUGCGAAGGCCGGCGCGAUGUGGCGCGACUUCCACCGGGUCACACUGGGCCCGCGUGGUCAGACGGCCGUACCGUAUUGCACUAAGGAUGGUCUGUUCAUGUCGUAAAUAUGAAUUAUUUAUAGUGUACUUUAAGCAUGCUUCUUUGUCUUCCUGCUACUGAGAAGGACGCCUCAGAUGCGCAGGCUGUUCAAAUAAUACUUGACUCGAUGGACUGAACUGUACGUGAAUGCAAACAUAAAACUGUGAAAAUACAAA